AUGAGUGAGCAAAUGGUUAAAGAGACAGCCCAAGACCGGCCAGCCAGGCACAAACGAGAGGAGUCCAGGGCAUUCACCCCUUUGAAAACCUCACACGCCAAACUAUUGAUGGAGAUACGAGACAUGAAAGAGCUAGAAUGGCCGAGACCCAUGGUAACGCCAGUCGACAAAAGAAAUCAGGGUAGAUAUUGUCAUUUCCACAAGGAUCACGGUCAUGAUACUGAAGAGUGCCUACAACUGAAGGAAGAGAUCGAGCGCCUCCUUAGGCGGGGGCUCCUGGGCAAAUAUGUGAAGGACAACAUGGGGAAGCAAAAAAUGGAGGACCGUCCCCCACCUAGGGCCGGAGCAAGGUUCAGCCAAAGCAUCGCUUUUGGAGAGGAAGAUUUGGUAGGCGUGGCGCACCCCCAUGAUGAUGCACUAGUAAUAGUAGGCAACAUAGCCGAUUUCGCCAUUAAGAGGAUGUUAGUUGAUGGAGGGAGCGUCGCAAAUGUUCUCAUAUGGGAUGCUUUUUUGGGCUUAAAAAUCUUCCAUGACAAGUUGAAGACGGUGACCACCUCCUUACAGGGCUUUGGAGGGGCCACAGUAAUUCUGGAGGGGACCGUAGACCUCUCUGUUACACUCGGUACUUAUCCGACCACUGUGGUAAUUGUGGCAAGCUUUUUAGCUAUCAAGACUCCCAUGGCCUACAAUGUGAUCUAUGGUCGACCAUUGCUGAAUGCAGUCGAGGCCAUCCCUUCAACCUACCACAAGGUCAUGAAAUUCCCGACCAACAGGGGUGUCGACUGUGUGCGAGGGGAUCAACAAGCGUCCAGAAAAUGUUAUGUCGACAGUAUAUCGAUCAAGGGAGCACCGUCGGUCAUGAUGCUGGAGGUUGAACCCCUAAAAGGGUGA